AAGACUAAAGAUUAGGGGCUGAGACUGAUGGAUGACACUAAUUUGAGUUAGUCUUGCUAGAAUCUACCCAAUGCAUAUUUUAUUCUUUUGUUUUAACUCUUGAGGCGAACUGCAGUAUUUCGCUAGUUCAUCAUGAAUAGAUUUAUUAUGUAUUCAAGUUGCAAUCACACAAAAUUCAUAAAAAUACAGAGGCACUUUUGGUGUUAUGAAAAUGUUUCGUGAAGUUAGAUCUUCAACUUCACCCAAUGCACGUUCACGUUCUGCUGAAGAGUCUAUGAAUCUGGAUAGAUCUUUAAAGAUCAACACAUUUCGAGAUUUUUGCUUUUCAAAUAAACUGGUUUGAAAAUGAUAAAAAUGUUCAGCAAAAAUCGUUCAUCCAGGAGGAAAGAAAAAAGUCGAGAUGGAGCAGGCUCCUCUAAUAUUGAUGUAUCACACACAACUGGAUCAAUGAAUCGUCAGCAAGCUGAUGCAAUGUAUAGUAUUUCUAGCAGCAGUAAUACUAGCCCAAUUCGCAACUCCAGCUCAGGCCAUAGUCCUAGUUAUAUUGGUGGUUAUGGAAAUGGGUCCAUUGAAAGACCACCAAGAGGCAGAGCUAUGUCUGAUGGGUCACCAGCAGAAUUUGCUAUUUCUUCACCUCUGGACUUCCCUUUGGAACAUUUGCAGUCUUUCAAUGCUACAUAUGGCUUAAAUCCUUCUCAAAGAACUUACAUAGACAGUAGACCAGUUCCCAGGCACACUCCUUUAAAAAGUUUGAUCAGUCCAACUCACAGUAGAAGUCUCAGCAGUAGUAGAAAUAAUACUCAAGGCCAUACUAGAGCAGGCAGUACGAGUAGCCUUGGUACUUCAAUGCGAGAUCGAUCACUAGAUAGAAUAGAGCGUGAAAAUGCAUAUUUAGGUGAUACAUCUUUAGACAGACACUUUGAGCAAAUGCAGUACAGUAUGCAAAUGGACAAUAGACUAAAUCAUGAUACCAGAUAUAACACUACAGGUCGAGAUCGCUCUUUGGAUAGAGAAUAUCCCCAUAUGGGAGCUCGAUCACUUGAAAGGGAUCCUCAUUCAAUUAGUAGGUCACGGUCAACUGACAGAGGAGGAGAGUAUAAUUAUCCAUCUGCCACAUUACCUUCAAUGCCAUUACUAUCACAUCCGUCCAGUAUUCAGCCCGACCACUCAUCUAGUGAAUUUAGAAACUCUCUUGUUUUUGAGAUGCAGGUUCAGAUAUCGGAUUUGCACAAAGAAGUUGGUAGACUGCAAAAAGAUUUAGAUCAAACAAGAGAAAAACUUUCAUCAAGUAUGAAUUCCAUUAAAACCUUCUGGUCCCCAGAGUUAAAGAAAGAGAGAGCUGUUAGGAAGGAAGAAGCGGCUAGAUGUAAUCUUUUAAAUGAACAGCUUAAAGUCACACAGGCAGAAUUAAAGAAACAUAGAGAACUUCUAAAAGACCGUGAAGAUAUAAGUCACUCAAGUGCUUCUUAUCAUGGUCUUAAUGCAGGAGUUGAAACUUCAUCCCAAGAAGUAAUUAAUUUAAAACAGGAGAGAGAUAUUCAAAGUAGAGAAAUGCUUAUUCUAAAAAAAACUAUUGAGGAAUUGGAAAUAAGGAUUGAUAGCCAAAAACAAACUUUAGAAGCUAGAGAUGAGAGCAUUAAAAAACUGCUGGAGAUGUUACACAGCAAAGGGGUUAAUAUCACCAAGAUGGAUGAAGAAAGAAAAGAAUUGGAAGCACUAAAAUCUCAGUUGAAAGAAGAAGAACAAAAAAGAAAACAGUUAGAAAGAGAUCUAAAUGAAAAAGACAGCAAACUUUUUAGCCUCGACAGGGAAAUUUCCCAUCUUAAAGAUUAUAAAGUAGAAGUUCAUGGACUUCCGGGUGACCACAAACUUCACGCCAUUUUAGAAGCUCGGGAUGCAAGAAUAUUAAGUUUGGAAAAAGAGGUUCAGCAACUUGAAGAUAGACUUUUAAAGUCUAAAGAAGACAGCGCAGGACUUUCUUCUCCUGUAUCAACCAGGGACUCAUCGCUUAGAGACUUAGCAAGUGCCAAAGAAAAAUUAAUACGUGUUGAAAUCCAGUCAUUAAAAAGUGAACUUGUUAAGAAAGAUACUGAGCUUGCAGGGUUACGCCUAAAAAUAGACACAUUGGAACGACAACACAGUGAAAGAGAAGAUUAUGUUUCUGUACUCAAAGAUCAGAUUACUUCAAAGGAGGGACAAACUACAAUGCUGCAAGCAGAUAUUGAAGGUCUCCAGGAAAGACUGAAAUUGAAAGAUGGAACAAUAGAAAGAAAAAAUAAAGAAACUUCUGCUACACAAGCAGAGAAGCGAAGACUUGAACUUGAAGUUAUGGAAUUGAAAGAUCAGCUUGAAAUAAAAGCUAGUCGUAUUAGUAGCUUACAAAGAAAGAUUGAAGGACUAGAGGAUACUAUCAGAGAAAAAGAAGAUCAGUUGUCACAAGCAAGAGUUAGACUUACAACCACAUUUACAGAGUCACCCAGUGAUAGCACUUUAUCAGCUUUAGAAGAUGGCUUGGCAGAAAAGGACAAGCAGAUUGAAAGAUUGAAAGACCAGAGAGAACAGAUAGAGAAAGAACACCAAGAAGAAAUUGAUAUUUAUAUGAAAAAAGCACAAGACUUAAAGAACAACCUUGAUAGCUUACAAAAAGAGCUAACUGCUAAACAAACUGAGAUUUGUGAACUUAGAGAGCAGACAACAGAAUUGCAGGCCAUUAAGUUUGAGCAAGAAGGUAAAAUCCGGAAGCUUGAAUCUGAGCUGCAAGAAAAACGUGCAGAUUAUCAGAGAAUUACUCUUGAAUUGGAGGAAGCAGUUGACAAAAAUGUACUGUAUGAGAAGGAAAAAGCUGAUCAGGAUCUUAAGAGAAAAGAGGAAAGUCAACCAGCAAAUUUGAGUAAACAAGAGAGUAAACAACUUCAAGCUGAAAUUGAGAAACUUCAGGAAAUGUUGAAAGAAGCUGAAGCUGAUAAAGCAGAAAAAGAGAAUGAAAUUAAAGAUUUGCAAGAAAUUGUGAAGGAAUACAAACAAAAGAUGGGCACUUUAAAACGAAAUCAACAAACGGAGAAGAAAAAAAAUGCGCAGCUUUUAGAGGAAGCCAGGAAAAGAGAAGAUUCUAUGACAGAUGAUGCUUCACAUUUAUCAAGUGCAAUAAAAAAAAGCAAUGACCGAGUAGAAGAACUGGAAGAAGCAUUAAGACAAAGUGUUAUCAUCACAGCUGAACGUGAGAUGGCAAUGGCAGAUCUUCAGGGACAACUAGAGGAUGCUAAAUCUGCUAUGGAUGAAAUGAGAUCAGAAAUUGAAAGUUUACAGCAAUCAUCACAUGAAUAUGAUGACAAGGUAGCAGCUCUUUUUAAACAAUUGGAAGAGAAGGAUGGCAAACUUAGAAAAUUAACCUCAGAGAGACAGAAACAUUUACAGGAAGUUUAUGAAAUGAAACAAGAGGCCAUUCAAGCUGCUAUAAGUGAAAAAGACUCCACCUUAGCUCUUUUAGAAAUGACAAGCACUAAAAAUCAGAAGAAUAUGGAAGAGAUAGAAAGGUUGACACAGGAAAAACACAAGCUUCAGGCACAACUCAGAGAUGUUACUACCAAACGUAUGAAACUAGCACAUAGAGGAGCAAGCAGAGAACGCCGUAGUGAAAGUAAGGAAAGAAACGCUGAUGGUAAAUCAGCCAGUGCUUCAAACUCUCCUACAAGAUACCCACCAUCCUUGCCUGAAAAAGCUAAAUCAGCUGGCAGUUCUCCUACUGAUCAGUCACCAGAUAAAGUGAAGCAAAUGGAGGCAUCAUUUAAAUCUGAUCCUCUUGAAACAUUAACUAAUGUUGAUAUUUCUCAAUUAACAAUUGAAUCUAUUACUAAAGAUUCCUAGCAGGUAAAUGGCAUUUACAUAGAUAAAUCUUCAUAUGUUUAGCAAAUAUUGCAUCAAGUUUUUACAAAAGCAUAAUUGAAUCUCAUUUUUAAACAUGAAGCAUUAUUUUAAAAUUUACAAAGAUAAAACUUCAAACUGACUGCUUAAGUGUAUUUUAAAUUAAAGAUUUAUUUAACUUUACAUCCAAUAGUCCCUUAGUGUUGGGUUGUAAUUAACUCUUCCCUGUACCAGCUUUAUUAAAUGACAGUCAACUUGCAGAAUUCCAAACAACAAAAUUUAUUGAUUGUAAUUUUGCUACAUUUUAAAGUUUAACAGAUGUGCAAUCUCUAUUGUUUACUCAUUUUAGUCUCUUCUAAUAUAACAGCCUUGUACAGGUUUGCGCAGCUCUGUAUAUAUAUAUCUACUUAAAUUGUGUUCAUAUUGUAUAAUAUAUUUAGUGUUCCAGUUUAGAUCAAUUUAACGUACAUUUUUCAAGUAGAAACAGUAGUCUUUUUUUCUUAAAAAGAUUUUGAUUUUCAAAUUAGAGUUGUGUUUUGUUCCAAAGCCAGUUUUUUUUUUCUAAGUCCAUCGCUUUAGUCUAUACUUAAAGUGACUAUGUGGUUUUAUAAUCUCUUUCUUGUAUGUAUAUAGCUAUUGUUUUGUGAUCAAGGUUAUGUAUUUUUGUGAUGCAAGCCUUUAAUAUUUAUGUUUUAACAGCGAACAGUUUUCUGCUCAAUAUCAUAGAAAAUUAGUGCCCUUCCAAAACAUAAACACUGUGAUUGUUUAUGUUAACCUGCUAGUGAAGUGUUGCUUAAUUUGUGUUCAUUUACUUUAUCUUAAAUUAUCAUUUUAUGUGAAACAAUUCUAAAGAAUGUAGAUCUUUGUGGUUAUGUUUUACUAUAAACAUGUCACUGAAUUGGUGUAGUUUGCAGGUAUCUGAACAUGUGCCUCAUCGCAAACACAUUUU